UAAUUUCUUUUAAACUUUUCAGUUCUUUUUGUUUUUAGUUUUUUUUUUUUCGUUUUCCCUUUACUUUUAAUUUUUGUUAGUUUCAAUUUCUUUCGAUAUGACUGAUUUUAAUGAAAUAUAUUAAGAAGAAGAAAAGAAAAUUAACUUUUACUUGGUUUAUUUUUACGUUAAUUUUUUCCUUUUUAAAUAAAUUUUUUUCUUGCGGGAUAAAGAAAUCUUAUACAAAUAUAAAUAAUAAAAUUUGUAUUUUAUUUACAUAACUAUUAAAAAUUUGAAUAUGGUAAAACUGUAAAAAGAAUAUAUUUUUUGAAGUUAUCUGAAAAUAUCAAAUAAAAUAAUGUUAACAUUCCAAAGAAAAUCAGAUAUUUGGGUUAAUGUUGUUACUCAAAACGUAUUUAAUAACAUUGAUUACGGAUUUAUGCAAUAACCUAUUUGUAAUGUUAUAACUUUAUAAUUAAAAAAAAAUUUUUUUGAUGUAGAAUCAAAUCUUAAUACAGUGUCCCAAAAUUGUUGUUUUUAACAUAUUAAAAAUUAAAUAUGAAAGUAUCUCUAAAGAAACGAAAUCCAUAAUAUAUUUAAUCAACAUUGGGAUAAUAUUACGUAAACACUCACAAUACGAAAUUUAAGGUUGCUUUGAUGACUAUUCACUUCAAUUUUGUAUUUUCAUAAGUGUUAAAAGUGAUUUUUUUAAUUUUUUUUAAUUUCGAUUGGCCUUUUAUAUGAUUUGAAUAUGGAAGAAUACAAAGAGAAAGAAAUAUUAAACGACCGUAAAAGAAAUCAAGUGAGCAAAAUUCAUUAAGGUGUUAUAGUUUUUCUAUCAAAAAUUAAAUUUUAAGAACGAAACAUCAGUAUUAUUUAAAUAUUUUUUUAAUACGAAAAAGUAACAUUUUGCAAAAAAAAGUUUUAUACUGUAGACUUUUAUACAAAUAAAAAUAAAGAUUAAAACAGUUUUAAGACGAAUUAUUUGGUUUUCAAAAAUAUUACAUAUUAAAUUUUUUUGGCAUUGAACUGGGAUUAUAAAUAAAUUUUUUUUAAAUACGAAUAAAACGAAUUAAAUAAUACCAAAAAAUUUUGUGUAAUGAUGACUAGCGGUAUGAUGGAAGGGCAACAGAACAAUGGUGGUAAUCAAUCCAACGUUAGUGGAACUGGAACUGUUAACACUGGAAAUAAUUUGGGAAGCGGAAGUGUAGGUGCCGUUGCCGGUGGCGCAGGAACUGGUGGUGGUAGUAGUAGCAGUGUAGAUGAUUCAAAAACAAAUUUGAUUGUUAAUUAUUUACCGCAAACAAUGAAUCAAGAAGAGAUUCGAUCUUUAUUUGCUAGUAUUGGUGAGGUUGAAAGCUGUAAACUAAUUCGAGAUAAGGCAACAGGCCAGAGUCUUGGUUAUGGUUUUGUCAAUUAUCAAAGACAAGAGGACGCAGAAAAGGCUAUUAAUACACUGAAUGGACUACGUUUACAAAAUAAAACUAUUAAAGUAUCAAUCGCCCGUCCGAGUUCAGAUGCAAUUAAGGGAGCAAAUUUAUACGUUUCUGGUCUUCCAAAAAACAUGACGCAGAUAGAUUUGGAACAAUUGUUCAAUCCAUAUGGAAAAAUAAUUACCUCAAGAAUUUUAUGCGACAAUAUAAGUGACCAACACUUUAUUCCUCCCAGUGGAUCCAACAGUUCUGGUCUUUCUAAAGGGGUUGGAUUCAUUCGAUUCGAUCAACGUUUUGAGGCUGAACGUGCAAUUAAGGAAUUGAAUGGAACCGUACCGAAAAAUGCCACCGAUCCCAUUACAGUAAAAUUUGCCAACAACCCAAGUAGUAAUAAAACAAUGCAACCUUUGGCAGCAUAUAUGCAACCACAGAACCCACGUGCGACUAGGUACUCUGGAGCAGCGGCAGCAGCAGCUGUAGCCGCGGCUGGACUUCAUCCUACAGCUGCAGGACGUUACAGGUAUUCACCUUUAACUAAUGAUUUGUUAGCAAAUACGAUGAUACCUAGUGCUGCGGCUGCAAUAGGGGGUGGAUCCUGCUGGUGCAUAUUCGUGUACAAUCUAGCUCCUGAAACUGAGGACAACGUUUUAUGGCAAUUAUUUGGUCCUUUCGGUGCUGUACAAUCUGUUAAGGUAAUUCGUGAUCUUCAAUCAAGUAAAUGUAAAGGAUUUGGUUUUGUAACAAUGACCAAUUAUGAUGAGGCCGCAAUUGCAAUUCAAUCUUUAAAUGGUUACACAUUGGGUAAUCGUGUAUUACAAGUUAGUUUUAAAACUAAUAAAACGAAGCAAACAUAAUUAGCGGCUGUCGUUGCGCAGCAACAAAUUGUUCAGCAACAGCAACAACGAAAUAAGUCUGUUAACAAUUUUCAACCUCAUCAACAGCAAUAUCAACAUCAACAGCAAUUCAAACAACAAAUUCAAACACACCAACAACAAUUUCUUGGCCAAAACCACCCUCUUUUUCAAAAUCCUCCAUCCCAUCAUUCACAUAAUCAAAAUCAUCAACAGACCGUAUUUCAGUUGCAACAACAGCUGCGUCAACAUCAAGAAUUGCAACACCAAAAUCUUUCGCUAGCUGCUGCGGCAGCUAUUCUACAAAAAUUUAAUAACAAAAACCAUAACAAAAUGCGAUUUUAAAUCAUCAUUAAAAUCGUAUUAUUUAAAUACGUACAUAAAUUUUUUUAAGUUUUGUAAUUUAGGUAGCAGUAAUUUAUUUAUUUUUACUUUUUUUUUUGAAUAUUUGAAUUAACAAUGAAUUUGUUUUAUUUAUUUUUGUUUUAAGACUAAAAUUGAACGUUUUUAAAAAUUAAAAAAAAAACAACUGUUUAUAAAAUCUACUCAAAAAGUUUAAAAUAUGACUUUUUCUGACAUUUCACAAUAUUAAAAAUGUACUUUUAAAUUACGUUUUUCUAAGAUAAACAUUUAUGAUUACGUUUUUUUAUUAAUAUUAUAAUUUUUUUUGCGUACAUAUAUGAAUAAAUUUAUAAACAAAUUUUUUUUAGAUUGAUUUUUUUGUUUAUACUGCUUGAUACUAAAAAAUAUCACAAUUAUGCAAGUCGUCUUAUUUUUACUUUAAAUUUUUAUUUUAAUCUAUCGGUUCUAAUUUUAUGUUUAUAAUUUUUGAAGCAAAUUAAACAUAAGAACAUUUUAAAUAAUUACUACUCAAAUAUUAUGAAACCAAAUA